CAAGUUCCAGUCUCCUUUGAGUUUCCAUUGAGCCGACGAAUCAAACGGGUCGCUCUCUCCCAUCCAAAUGUCAUCUGCCUCGUCAGGCUCCCCAGGCAGCCACAGUAGUGCUGGAGCCGGAGCUGGAGCUGGAGCUGGAGCUGCAGCGGCCUCAAGCCCAGGCUCAGCGGCAGGGGCUGUGAUUGGGGCUGGCUCGGGCGCAGGCUCCAGCUCAAGCUCGAGCACUGGCGCAACCGAGCUCCAAGUCACGGUGGGCCAAGUCCGGAUGUCCGUUCGCGACACUUACUUUUUCAAGCUCGAGCUGGCGCUUGCCGACGGGUCGAACGUCAUUCCUGCGUCUCACUCGCGCACGGACGUUGUACGGGACACGGAUGCACCAAUCUUCCGUCGCAGUGGAUUCUCAUUCCGGUUGCCAGCGCACAAUUUCAGUGCGAGUGUAUCAAGCUCGGCUGGCUCGGCGCCGAGUGGUAGUCUCAUGACGGCGGCUGGAUAUGCUGCCGCACAAGCUACUGCCGCGACUGCGACGCUCGCAGGCAUAUCCCCAAUGUCGGGUUCAAUGAAUCCUGGCACGAAUGGCGGAGUUGCUGUUGCUGCUGCUGCUGCGCCAAGCCAAGGCGUAUCCAAUCCAUUUGGAGCACUGCCGCUCUCGCCCAAAGAUGCUGCGAUUCUGUCCACUCUCCAAGGAGCAGUGCUUCUGGUGGAGGCGUGCACAGUCGCACUACCACACAGCGGGUCGCAAGAGUCCAGUUCAGUUGCGACAGCUGUCCCCAAUCCAUUCAAUACAUCCAGUACAUCGGCAUCGGGUGCCGCGGUAGCUUCUGCGAAUGGCGCUGUCGUGCCUGCCAUCGCCGUCACCACCUCUGCCACCCCGGCAACAUCAACACCGACAGCAAGCAUGCCCAUACCAUCAUUGACCGCAGCCUCCGCCAUUGCAUCCGCAGCUGCUGCGACCGGCGUCUCGCCACUGCCCGGCGCGAGCACUGGACCCGUAUCGCCGGUGCGCAGGGUUGCCUCUCACGCCUUUCCACUCUCCAAGAGUCUGCAAGACCUGAUAACAAAGCAGCGGACCACGCUGACUUUGCAGCUUCUCGACGAGCGAGCUCAGAACAAGGGUUACGCUGCCGCUGCAGGAUUAAACUUUCAUGCGACCUCGCCAUUGCCCGGUGCUCAGCCUAGCCACCCCAUGGCCUACGGCCUGCCAGGUGGAAUGUUUGCGAGCACCAACAGCAGCACGAGCAGCACCCCAACGAGCUUUGGCAGCAGUCUGGCCAUUCCUCGAGGGGCAAACUACUCCUUGUCACCUUCACCGACCUUUGCCUUGCCUCACGAACGAAGCCCAGGCGGUGGAAGCAGCGGAAGCGACCGCUCCGCUUCCCCACUCUCUCCUCCUCGAGAUGCGCACAGCGCGUACCACCAUCCUCACGGUUCGGCCCAGGGCGGUAGUCAAAUUCCGGAUGCUCUGCAUGUCCCGGUCAUCAGUGGGGAGCAUCUCAUCUCCCCGCGAGAGCCGCUCGUCUACGAAGGCGUGGUUGAGCUCGAGCUGCAGCUUGUGGAGGUGCUGGGCCAUGCGAGCUCGUCGCGGGCCACGGCAGCAGCAGCAGCAGCAGCAGCAGCAGCAGCUGCUGCCGGCACUCCGUCCAACUUGUCAAGUGCAGUGGCGAAUGCCACCAGCUCGGGUGUGUUUGGAGGUCGCGGAGGCUCGCCGCGUGGUUUGAUGUCGCCCGUGAUUGACCCAAACCCCGCACCUAGCAGCACACGCUCCAGCUUCACCCAAUCCAGCCAGAGCACUCCGACCCACGCAAGCUUUACGUCGAGCUCGUCUGGAGUCGCAGGCGGUGCACCUGCUGGCCGCACGAGCUUCUCAUCGCGUUCCAGUUAUGUCGCCGGGGGUGGAUCAGCUUCACAGCAGCAGCCUUCGAGCAUGAGUCCUGCGUUCGACCCGUCGAGCCCAACCAAGGCUGGUCACGCGCACUCUGGCUCUCCAGUGUACCAUUCUCAGCUGCCCGGGUCGUCCAAAGCCUCCCCUUCGAUGGCCGAGGUGGAUGUAUCCACUGUGGGCACAGCCUUGCGCUAUUCGGCCAGCUCUCCGCGAGACAAUCGGGCCGAUUCCAGCAAGCGCUCGCACAGUCGCACAGGCUCCACCGAAUCUUCUGCCCGCCUCUCCUUCACGUCCGCUCACAAGUACGGCAUGUCUGAUACUGGCUCGCCAUCGUCCUCAUCGCAGCAACAACAGCAGCAGCAGCAGCAACAACAGCAGCAACUGCAGCAACAACAGCAGCAAUUUUCAUCCCAGCCACCAACACCCACUCGGCGGAGCUUUUCUUCCACCAAUCGCGGCUCCCCUGCUCCUGGUUCCGAAUCUUUUGGCGGCAACUCCUCAGCUCCCUCCUCCGAUAUGCGGAAGAGUUUCAACAUGCAGCGACCGCGGCAAGUUGGGACCAAACUUCCUGCCGCUUUGACCUUGUCGAGCGGUAUGAUUUCGCCUGGCGGGCCACAGCCCCCUACUCCGACGACGCCUUCCCUUGCCAGUCAAUCUCCAAAUAUGUUUGGCAGCACAGAGGCGCUGAACAGUGGUCGCGCAAGCGUUUCUGGCAGCAACCGUUCCAGUGUUACUGAAUCGCGCUCGACCAUUUCUGGUCCCGCGCGCAAAUUUAACACUCGACAGCGAGCGCUGACCGAUGCCGCAAAUGUCGGACCACCCACUGUCAUUCUCAACGCAAACGGAAUGCCCAUUGGUUUGAGUCCGGGCCAGUCAACGACUGGCGCUCAGCUGACCGUGCCAGCCCAGGCGAUGGACACCAUCUCCCCAACCUCAUACAGCGCAGACGACUUUGCUCGAACAUUUCAUCGAGCUCACACGGUUGCCCCUCAAACGCGAGACAUUGUUAUUGUCAUUCAUGGAGCCCGGCAUCUCCCUGCAUUUGGAGAAGCUGGAGACCAGUAUCCCGCGGCAUUUGUCACUGCUAAAACUCAGCAAGAAGCUCAAGAUCGGCUUCCUGCGCGUUCUGCCACCCAUGCGUCGGAGCCAUCUCGGUCGCCCAUUUGGGAUGAGGUAUUGGUCGUCAGCGUGUCGGAGGAGAGCAUUGCGAAAGGCGAAGGGGUGGUUUUGACCGUCGCCGACAACACGACCAAGCGGUAUCUCGCCAAGUUCCUCCUGCCUGUUCAUCGCCUGUUCCCUUUCCAUCAAUAUCACUUGGAUCUUGUCGCUCCAGUCAGCUCAACGUCAUCGAAUGCGCCGCGUCCGGUGUUGAGUGUUAUCGUGACUUCCAAACCUGCAGAGACUUCCUCUCCUGUUCAAAUUACGCUGGAAGUGCUGCUGAAGGGAUUCCAACGCACCAUCCAAACAUCAGAGCGAAUUCUCGCCGCCGCCAAACUUGUCAAGGAUUCCAGACAGUACGUGCACCGGGUUGCGAACAAAAUGUUCUCCAAUCCAGAUGGGUUGCCCGCUCUUCCAGUCCAGCGAUUGGAAUUCCCUGGCUACGAUCCCGAAUCUGCCUUUGACGUUGCCCUGCACAAGACUGAGCAUGACGUUUGUGCAUCUCAAAUGACGCUUCCUGUCGGCCCCACCGAUCUUCCGUUCUGGAACCACGUCUUUUUGUUCACUCAAGCCGAAAGCGAAAUUUUCGUCGAGUCGGCCGCGCUCGUCAUUGAGUACUACCAACUCCCAACAGACAGCUCAGCAGACUCCUCGGGCUCGUGGACAACAGACAACGUUCCAUGGGAUGCUUGGAACUAUGUUGGAUACAGCUUACUUCCGCUUGUCGCUGAGCGUCAUCGCGAACUGGACCACGCGUUCCAGUCGGCGAAUCUUGAAGGGUCGCUCUCUCUACCUGGAGCCGCAGAGGCCGGAAGCGAUGCCUCCAGUGCACACGCUGCUACUUCUGGCGCGGUCAGUUACGAGAAUGUCGGAGUGCGUCUAGUCAACGAGGAAAGCGCUGCGCGACCCGAGACGUCGCUUCCAACUGUUGGUCUCGCCAUGAUGUUGCGCAAAGCAUUGCCCCCUUCGCCGUUUUCGCUGUCCAGCCCUUCGCCUCUUUCGGCCACUCGCUUGGCAGAUCGUCGAAAACGCCCGCUCUCUGUCGAAAUCUUCAAUCCUCCUUUCCAAGAGCUUGUGCCAUCUGAGAUUGCCCUUUCUCGUCUCCCUGCCACACUGGCAGAAUCCAUCAGUAGACCUUCUUCUGCUCCACCAGAUGCUGCUCGCGCCGUGCUCCAGCUGCAAAACCAGCAGUCGUCGCAGCAGCAGAGUUUGCAACACUCUGACGACGUCUCUUCUCAGCACGACCCGCAGCAGCAGCAGCAUCACCACGAGUCUGGCGCACUGAUCAACAAGCUCGUGCUGCACGCACUCGGCGCAAGUGUCGACCUCAACCAACGUCCGGGCUCUGCACAGAGCGACACAAGUCUGCUCAGCUCUGGACCAUCUUCGCGCGUCUCGCCUGCCAUGGUCGUGUCGACGCCUCGACGAACCUUGGUUCACGGAGAGGGCGACGCGUCAAGUACCAAUCCCACUGCUGUAUCGCAAUCAACGAGCCAUCCUCCGUUGCACCAAUCGCUAUCGCAACGGUCGGUACCGCUGCGAACAGAACUCGAUCGCAGACCAUCGCUCGGCAGCCCCAAUAGUAUCCGUUCGCAGUCCCCGAGCGACGCCCAGCUCUUCCAACAGCACCAAAUGUUGCCACCACAACAACACCAUCCGCAGCUUUCGGCGUCGUCUCUGGCAUCUUCCUCAGGGCCUUUAUCGUCCUCGGUGCCCGUGCGCAGACAGCUCUAUGCUCUGGCAUCUCCGCAACCUUCCCCUCGCGGCCCUCCAUUGGCGGCUGGCGCGGUAUCGGCACUGAUUGGUGCCAGCUCUUCUCCUAUCGCGUCGUCGCAUCCCCUGUCGUACCGCACGAUGAGUGGCUUGAGCCGUGGUAGUAGCGUGACGAGCAUUGCAGAAGAGUUCGAGGACGAUGCUAGCCAAAUGCACCACGUCAAAUGGUCUCGAUCAGCACCGAUGCCACUCCCGGAGGACGUGGUGCAACGGCUGAUGGAGCUACUUCGAGAACCUGAACCGCGCGAGCUGGCCGUUUCUGCCACAUCUCCCAUUGUCAUGAAUGAGAUAGCUCCAUGUGCACCAUCGUGCAGCAACAGCAGCAACAGCAGCAACAGCAGCAGCGGCAGCAAGCAAGCACCGUUGGCACCGGCAGCCAGUUCUGCGUGGAUCCUUGGUGCAGACAGCAAUUCCACCUCCAAACAUGCCGAGGAGAAUAGCAGCAGUGUCGGUUCCCGCCGAAGCUCGCAAGAGACGGUCGUUGGAGCCAACCCGUCGAAUCCGCAGCCCAACAAUAGCGCAUCCAACCCAUCCGCGGGAGGCAACACUGCCCAUCCUCCUCCGGCUCCACCGCCGGUUGUAUCUGCCUCCAAGAUUUCGCGCAAUAACUCGCUGUCUCAUCCGACCCCCAUUGCCAGUGGCACCAGCAGCUCUCUGGUGGACACACUCACCCACGCUGCUUCAACGGGCGACUUUUCCAGCUUUGAGGUUGUCAACAUUUUGCCACAUUCUACACCCAUGCAAAGCCUUCCAACUGGAUUUGGAAUGUACGCAACCUCGUCCACGCUGCGUGGAAGCACUGGCCAGCUGAAUGAGCUCUCUGCAUCGCUUGGUGCCUCGCUCGGACACAAUUUGGCGGCGAGUCGCGUGCGUUCGCAACCUGGUUCGCGAUCCAACUCGCUGACGCUGGCCGUGACAAACGCAAUUGCCGCACACGGGCUCGAAGGCGCGCCUGUGCACAACUUGGCAGCUCCUGUCCCGGUCCCGGCUUUGGCCAUCCUGCCUGGCCAACAGAGCUCGGUGAGCAGUAGCAACAGCGCCUCGAGCUCUGCGCGACAGUCGUACUUUCGAAGUUCAGGGUUGUACGAGUCGUCCGCCUCUUCUCCGGGCAAUGCGCCAGGCUCCCCGUCUUCGUCCUUUACGUACUCAUCAUCCCCUGGCACAAGCGGCUUUGCACCACCCCAAAAGGGCUUCCGAAGCAGUGGGUCGAGCACGGGCAGCGGCAGCGCGAACGGCAGCAACGUUGCCUUUCCCUUCGCAGGACCCAACAACUGGACUGGUGAGACGUUGGAUUACGAUCGGAGGCUCGUGUCCAUUUCGGAGAACGAUCGCGUCCGUCUGACCAUGAACGAGCAGCGCAUGGCAGAUCUCGAGUCGCUCGUUCGCCAACAGCAGUCAACGAUUUCUGCCCUUCAGUCCGCAUUAGAGCUUCAGAAAGCUGCUCUGUUGGCGACUGCCGACCUCGAACCAAAGAGCCGUCGAGCAUCCCUUUCGUCCGGGUCGGUCCCUGCCAAGAAAGACGGCCAUGCUGUAGUUGCCCGAACCAACUCGGGAUGAAAGUGACGAGUUGGAUAAUUUAGAACAAAAUUGUUUAUCUGAAUAAAAACCACCAUUGGAAAUAUCGAAUAA